AUGGUGACACCAACUGAUGACAUCAAGGUGGACAUGGACAUACAGAUGAUGGAGACUGACCUCAGUAGCUUCUUCAGCUCUGUCAAUGAUGACCAGCGCAGUCCGCCUGCACCAGCAUCUGUAAAAUCUACGAGAUCUGAGAAAGAGCCCGUUGUCCACAGCAGCGUCAAACAACAAGACACCCAGGCCCCCCAAGAACCCAAAGGUCCCUCUAGACACAUGCAAUACACCUCGCACUUACCACUGCCCCAGGAUGAGCUCUCAAGCCACGAAUGCAACCAGAGGCUCGUCGUCCUGUUCGGUGUCGGUAAAGCGCGCGACGCCGCACGACACAUUGUGAAGAAAGUCAGCCGAGAGAUUCUGCGACUCUUCAGCCGUAAGAAUUGCAUCGAUGUGAGCAGUGGAGAUUUGGGUAAGAACAAGAAAAAGAGAGACAAAUACGAGCCUAGUUCGGUCUCGUUAGCGGCAAAUCUGGAGGUGCUUUUUUCCAAGUUCCACAAAUUGUCUUACUACGAUCAGCACAUGGUGAUGUGGCAGUGCACUAAUGCUGUGUCGGAGCAGAUUGCCAGCUUCACAGGCGGGAAUUGUACAUACCUUCCCCAGGUGGAGUACAUAUCGUACCUGUUCGACCUGAUGGAACACUAUGUGGAUGUGAACAACCUCUUGGAGUCCUCUGUGCAGCUGCUAGCAGACCUGUGUAUAGUAGAAAGCCAGUUAUCCCAGGGAGGGUCGAGCAUAUCCGGUAUCUACACCACCUCCCUGUGCCUCUGUAUAGUGGCCAUCUUCCGCAAGUAUCACUCCUUCCUGCUGGUGUCAGAGGACCUCACCUUCAAGGCAUUUGAGGGGUUGAUAGGGGUGGUGAAGCACGUGUGUAACCCAGCUGACUGCACGUCGGAUGAACGGUGUAUCCUAGCCUACCUGUAUGACGUGUACACCUCGUGCAGCUAUCUAAAGAACAAGUUUCAGGAGAUGUUCAGCAAUGCGUACUCAAAGAUCCGCGUGACUCUGUAUGCUGAGAUAAAGCCGUCUGCUUCCAAUCAGCUGUGGGACCUGAAAGUUAUGAGGGACUUCCUGGGAAACGCCAGGAGCAUACCCAUUGAGCAGUACUUAAUGGACCAGCUGACCAAGAACGCAGGCAGUCGCUACAGCUUUGUUGUCAACACAAUGCUCUUCAUCUGUGAUGUCAACCUACCAUCGGAAAGAUUGAACGAGAUCAGCGUGUUGUGUGCAGAACUGACAGCAAAGUGCAAUUCCCUGAGUGCUGAAUGGCUAGGAGUCCUCUGUGCUCUUUGCUGCUCAUCCAAUCACAACUGUGGUUACAUUGAUGUCCUCACUCAGAUUGAUGUGAGUGACCUGUCAAUCCAUGACAACCUUGCGGUGUUCACGUCCAUACUGAUAGCCCGCCACUGUUUCUCUCUGCAAGACCUGCUAUACUAUGUGGCGCUACCUUCACUGGUCAAUCCUGCAUUUGGUGAGAUAGACCCAGAAGCUGAGCCGGGUGCCAGACUGACCUGCCAUCUGCUGCUGAGACUUUUCAAGGUCAACAAGACCGUGACCUGGCAGUAUCCUAGCAACCCGCGGAGGGGCACGCACGUCAAGGCCUCGUGUGACAGACACCUGCUGGCAGCCAGGCACAACAACAUUGACGUGGGGGCGGUCCUAGCUGUGCUGAAGGCCAUGCUGGUGCUGUCUGACUCAUGUCGUGACGAGCUGAAGACAAUGUCGUCAGGGCGACGUGACAGCAAGGGAGGGGAGGAGUUCAUGAGUUGGCUCACCAACAUGGACGACGAUACAGCUAUGGACAUGAUGCUAGGACCAUCAGGAGGCAUGGAGAACGCUGGUCUGUCUGAGUUCUCCAAGCACGCCCUAUGUGAGCUGUGCAGUCAGGACUGGGUCAGUGAGAAGUUCCUUAGAGACCCAGAGGGCCUCUUCAACUCGGAGAUGCUCCUCGACCACAAACUCAGCCCUGAACAAACGCAGCAGCUAGUAUGUAUGAUCUGCUACCCGGCGCACGAUGUCAGUAAGCUGGAGGAGGAGGAGGCUGACCACAAGGAGAAGAUAGAGCGCAUCCUGCAGACCCUGGACCCCUGGACCAUCAGGAUCUCACUCCUAGAACUCAACCUCAUGCUCAAAUAGGCCAAGAAUAAUGCUGAGACUAGCGCGAUCCUGGACUGUAUCUCGCUGGGCACAGUGCAGCUGUUCCACCAGCAGACUAAGCAGCACAGCCGCACCACCAACAACUCGCAGGCUGCCGCCCUUCUGGACACACUCUCUGUGGCCUCACCCAAGACCGAGAAUGAUGAGUCAGACAACAGUGUGUGGCUGGUUCCCCCUCUGAUAGCCAAGCUGCAGAGCGGUGUGCAGGGAAGCGUCCUACAGAAGGCUGUACACCUGCUGGAGAGCAGCAACACCUUCCUGAAAAGCAAGCAGGACUUGGAGCGCAACCA